AUGGCUGACGAUGAAGCAAAGAAGGCGAAACAGGCCGAAAUCGAGCGCAAGCGUGCCGAAGUUCGUAAGCGCAUGGAGGAGGCUUCUAAGGCUAAAAAGGCCAAGAAGGGUUUCAUGACUCCGGAGCGCAAGAAGAAGCUUAGGUUACUUCUGCGUAAGAAAGCCGCUGAGGAGCUAAAGAAAGAACAGGAGCGCAAGGCAGCCGAGCGUAGGCGCAUCAUUGAGGAGCGAUGUGGCAAGCCCAAAAAUAUCGAGGAGGCUAACGAAGACCAGUUGAAAGACAUUGUAAAAGAAUAUUACAACCGUAUGUAUACGUGUGAAGGCCAAAAAUGGGAUUUGGAAUAUGAAGUCCGGAAAAGAGAUUGGGAGAUUUCCGAUCUAAAUGCCCAAGUUAACGAUCUGCGUGGCAAGUUCGUUAAACCAACUCUCAAAAAGGUUUCCAAGUACGAGAACAAAUUUGCCAAACUCCAGAAGAAGGCUGCUGAGUUCAACUUCCGUAACCAACUCAAGGUUGUUAAGAAGAAGGAAUUCACCCUGGAGGAGGAAGACAAAGAGAAGAAACCGGACUGGUCCAAGAAGGGCGACAAGGUAAAAGAAGAGGCAGCAGAAGCUGUUGAAGCCGAGGCAUAA